ACGUUGUGAAAGAACAACUUAAAAUUUAACUUUACAAUGUUUUAAGUGUUAUAAAACAAGGAAGUAGAAAAGGAGCAAAUUCCACAUAUCCAAUAUCAACAGCAAAAUAUUAACAUUAGAAAAUUGUGAGACAAUUUGAGGAUUAAGAUUACAAGGUAAAACAUGGCAAUCUCAGGAAAGAAAGCAUCAAAACAAUUUUCAUCAUCAACAACAUCCAUGGCAUCAGAUGAAGAUCUUCAAAUUUACUGCCAGCCUUGUGACGAGGUAGGGCCUAGACUACCUGCCCAUGGUUACUGUACUGACUGCAAGGAACACCUCUGCAAGAAUUGUUUUACAGCACACAAAGUGAAUAGGGCUUCAAAACAUCACAUACUUCAGGACGCUACUAAUAUGCCUAACGUUUUGCAGCAACCCUCAACACCCACCCAUACAGGCCAGUCUUAUUUCCUGACCACACCCUGUCUUAAACAUUCAAAAGAAAUGAUCAAGUUCUACUGUAAUGACCAUACAAAUUUACUCUGCAGUGUUUGUGUUACCCUUGAUCACCAAACUACUUCCUGCAAAGUUGAUUAUAUUCCAGACAUUUCUGGUGAUAUAUUAGACAGUAAAGAAUAUCAAGUUAUUUUGAAUGCAGUAAAUAACACUUGUGACCAAUUUCACGGAAGCUAGAAGAUGUUAAGAACAUGACAUACAAAUCCAACAGCUCUCUCAAAGAAUCAUUGGCAGAAAUCAAAAAGUUUCGGCAAGAAAUCAACCAAAGACUAGAUGAACUUGAGAGACAGGCUGAAGAUGCAGCUAAAGUGAUAACACAAGAAAACAACAAACAUCUGAAAGCAGUAGAAACAACAUGUGAAGAUAUAACCAAAUUUUUGAAGGCAUCAUCAGAUAAAAUCAAACAGCUUAACACAUCAAAAAAAGCUGACAAACUCUUCAUGGAACUCAAACUUGCUGAGAAAACAAUGAAAGAUAUGGAGGAAAAAGAACUAAAACUUUCUUCAUUUGAUAUCAAAGAGCACCACUUUAAAGCAAAUGUGGCAAUAUUAACCAAGCUUAAAGAAGAGAAGUAUUUUGGUACACUGAUAGAGAGAACUUUAAAUAAAGAAGCUCUACCCAUACAGUCUAGACAACCUUCACAUGAGGGAGAAAUCUGUGUGAAGACACGGCAAGAUGGAAUAUUGUGUGGGAUAACAGGAAUGACUCUGCUGGCCCCUGAUCUUCUUAUGAUCACUGACUAUAUUAUCGAUGCUGUAAAGAUGGUGGAUACCAGCAGUCAAUCUGUGUCUGAUCAACUACAACUAGAUUCUGGACCAUGGGAUAUCACCACAGUAACCAGUACUGAACUUGCUGUCACACUUCCUAACAAACAAACAAUACAAUUUAUAUUAAUCUCAUCAAACAAACUCAUAAGGAAGCACACUAUGAAGGUUGAUGGAAAGUGUUAUGGUAUAAGCUGUUACCAAGGUAAACUUGUUGUGUCUUUCCUUCGUCCAGCAAAACUUCAGAUCCUUGACCUGAAUGGCGCAAUACAAACAACAAUUGAUAAAAAUAAUAUUUUCAAAGAGCCAUUUUAUAUCACAUGUAACAGAAGUUCUAUCUAUGUGUCUGACUGUUACAUGGAGACAGUGAGAAGAUUAAACUGGCAGGGCAAUGUGAUAGGUAGUUAUAGAGGCAUGAGUGGUCCUAGAGGAAUGUCACUGUCAGAUGAUGGUACAGUCUUUGUGUGUGACCGGGAAAGAAAUGUUAUAGAAGAGAUAUCAGGAGAUUUUUCUACAGGUAAGGUUGUGUUGAAGAAUUUGGAAAGAACAUGUGCUGUAUGCUGGUGUGAGGAAACAAAGAAGCUGUAUAUCAGUGUUGUGCAAACUGAUGAGAAAUAUGACAACUUUCUUCACAUCUAUAAACUAUCAUAAACAUGAGAAAAAUGUUAAGAUAUUUUGACUAUAUUUACACACAUACUAUAUAUGCUUAAUGGGCACUUAAAUCCAAUAUAGCAAUAUUUUUCUAUGAAGUGUUUUUAAAAUAAGAAUAAAUGUAUGUAAUCAGA